AAGAGGAACUCAACUGUAUAAAAGAGAGAGAGAGAGAAGCGAAUAGCGGACAGUGCAGAGAGAAGCACCUGAAACAGCGCACCUGUACCAAACUGGGAGCAGAAACUAACAGAGAGGAAAGAACAACCCCCGUGAAUAUUACAUUACCGCACGAGAGACAGCACCUUCUAACUCUAAGCGCUAUCCUCGAAGCGAAGAUGCAGAUCAAAGUAACGACCUUGACUGGGACUUGUUAUCCCAUGGAUAUGGAUCCCAGCGCCACAGUGGGGCAGCUGAAGCAGGAGAUCGAGCGUCGGCUCAGUGUGCCACAGUUCCAGCAGAAACUGGCGAUGCAGAAGAACGGGCGCAAAGAGCUGGAAGACGAGGGGAGGCGGCUGAGCGAGUGCGGGCUGGAGCACGGAGACACCGUGGUGGUGAUAGUCACCGAGCCCAAGCCCAUGCAGGUCUUCUUGCGGAACGACAAGGGCAAGACAAAUACAUACGACAUCUUCCCGGGGGAGACGGUCACCGAGUUCCGGCAGAAGGUUUAUCGGGUGGAAAGGGUUCCUCCGGAGCAACAGGUGCUCCUCUAUGAAUCCAAGCCGCUUCAAGACGGCAGGAAAUUAGAAGAUUACAACAUCAGGCCCCAUACUACCAUCAACUUGAACCUGCGUCUCAGAGGAGGCUAAGUGGGUCCAGCGCUGCGUCCAGUGCCUUCAAGAGAUGCUUAUCAUCUUUGAAUCACACCGUGGACCUGAUCUAUAAAAACUGAUUAUCCUUAAUACGUCAACUGUGGAACUGUCUAUAACUCAAUUGUUUAGCAUUUACUUAACAGUAUGUAAA